CGCGCAAACUCUACGUCCAGACCAGUGUGGCGCUAGACGUCGGUCGCCUAUGCGCGGGAGUGUCUGUCGCUGUAUUCUUGAGACGCGUCUUCCUUUGUUUACGUUUUACGUUCACAGUGCUGUAUGACAACGCAAUGGAACCUAAACUAUUUGUUUUAAUGCUGUAGCGACCUUCUGUGUUUUUAUGCUAGUGAAAGUUAUCAACAUGGUUGUCGACAAUCAAUCCGUGUCUCAAGAGACAGCUUCGACGUCGUCGUCGGAAGACUCGCUCAACAUUUCUUUCCAAGAUAUCACCUACAAAGUCCGGCACGGCAUUCUGGCGGGAGGUCGUAAAACCGUAUUAAAUAAUGUGAGCGGCAGCUUCAACGCCGGCGAGCUGACUGUCAUCAUUGGCCAAUCCGGAGCCGGCAAAAGCACUCUCAUGGACAUUCUUGCAGGAUACACAAAGCCAACGAGCGGUACGUUGUACGUAAACGGCCGCGUGCGCGUACACAAUAGGUUCCUGCGGCGCUCCUGCUACAUUCUACAAGACGACCGAGUGCAGGACAUGCUCACUAUACAGGAGUCGCUGCAUAUCGCUGCUGAACUCAAACUUGGCAACCACAUUAGUACUGAACAGAAGACACAAAGGGUACAAGAAAUAAUGACAUCGCUGGCGAUGACGAAGGCGAGGCACACGCGCGCCGGCUGCCUGUCCGGCGGACAGAGGAAGCGGCUUGCAAUCGGCCUCGAGCUCGUCAGCGACCCUCCGGUCAUGUUCCUCGACGAACCCACUAGUGGCUUGGACAGCUCGAUAUCCAAACAAUUGGUGUAUUUGCUGCAUUUAUUAGCCAGACAAGGCAGGACCGUGGUGGUGAGCAUGCACCAACCCUCCGCGGCUCUACUGGACAUGGUGGACAGAGUAUACGCGAUCGUGGCGGGCCGAUGCGCAUACAUGGGGUCCGUGCCUCUCCUUCUACCUUAUUUACAACAAAUGAAUUUGACGUGCCCACCUUACCAUAAUCCCGUGGAUUUUUUUAUAGAAAUUUGCUCGGAAAAUGAAACUCAAUUAGUAGAAUCAUCACAAAAUGGAAAGAACCAGCGAUGGAUAAAUAAUAUUACAGAUGAGACUGAUAGUAAUUUAAUAGAAAAAUAUAAGUUAAGUAAAAAUGAAGAAGUGUUUCUGACCACUUUGCCAUCGCCAAAAGAAGAUCCGACGAGUAAAAUUCUACUGUCGUUAAAAGGCACUUACCCAACGUCUACGUGGAAGCAAUUCACAACAUUGUCACGGAGAUCAUUCUUGUCGUACUGGCGUGAUCCCCAGUUCACGCUGAUGAUCACCGGCAUCCACUUCUUCAUGGCACUCUUCGUCGGCUUCUUGUUCUACAACAUCGGGGACGAGGCGCGCUACGUUCGGGACAAUUACAACUUCCUAUACUUUAGUCUUAUGUUCCUCAUGUUCACCGCAUUCAGUGCCGUAUCCAUCAGAUUUCCAGAACAACUGCCCGUUGUGCGGAGAGAGCACUUCAACCGUUGGUACGCGACUGGUGCGUACUACGCAUCCACUCUGGUGUCGUCGUUGCCCACGCAGACCAUCUGCACGCUCACCUUCGCCGUCAUCACCUACUGGCUGACUGGCCAGCCGCAAGAGUACAGGCGCUUCUUUAGCUUUUGCUGCACUCUGCUCCUAGUCUCCUACACCGCCAUCUGCAUCGGACUCUUUAAUGGAUCCUUGUUUAAUGUAAAGAAUGGUGUUGUGUUCGGGCCGUUCUUCAUAAUGCCAUUCACGGUGUUCUCCGGCUUCUUCCUACGCUACAGCGACGCGCCGUUCUUUUUCCAAUGGAUGUUUAACUUCUCCUUCCUGAAACAUGGCCUGGUCGGCUUGGUCAUAUCAAUAUUCGGCAUGAACCGGCCGAAACUCGUUUGUGACAUACUCUACUGCCACUACACUUACCCCAGCCAAUUCCUAGAGGAUAACGGAAUGGCACAUGAACAAUACGGGUACACUGUUAUAGCUCUAUUCUGCAUAGCGUUCGUCUUCAUAUUUUUCUCAUAUAUCGUUUUAAAAAUUAGAAUGAGAAGUAAAUGGUGAACAUCUCUAUAGAUCGUUGUUUGUACACUGGUAGUUGUAACUAAUUCCAUAACGUAAAUGAUCUCUCGUUAAG